AGUUCGCGAGACGCGAGCAUUACGGAUACGGACCAACAGAGCCUUACAAGCCACGUGGGUUCGACGCACAAACGUCGCCUACGUCCCUUCCAUGCGGCCAAGGAUAUCGGGAAGAAUACGGGCCCCAGAAACUCGAAUCAGCGAGGCAUUCGAUUUCGCAGCCCAUUGUUGAACCCUCCGAUCGAACGUUCCACAAGGUCGAGUGGGCAAGGCGCUCGACGUCGUUGCCUAUGACAGAGUCACCCGAUCAACGAAAUGUUCGCUUCGAGCAGCAGCGCGUCAACGAUUCCGGGAACAGAAAGAAGUCGAAGCGCCAGCGCACCGUGUUCCCGUAUCUGUAUCCCGGUUCCCGAAACAGCAGUGGUUCGGCAUUGACGUCCUCGACUUCGACGCGUGACUCGCCGCUGCGUGUUGGCCGCAACGUUGCCUUCGCGCCGCGCUUCCUCAACAACAGCCGAUUCAAGGUGCUCUUCAGGGCAUGUCCAGCGGUGGUUAUCUUGAGCGCCAUAGUGCUGUCGGCUGCGCUGAUCGCCUCCCUUCUGUUCGCCGGCUGGCGACUAGAAGCGGUGGCCGUGUGCCGCUCCAAACCCUGCCGUGAGUACGCACGUCUCCUUGCCGACUCAGUGAACACCUCACUGAACCCCUGCGCCGACUUCACCGGAUUCGUGUGCUCCGGCUGGCGGCGACGCAAGCAGGUGUCCGUUCAGGAAGAGUGGAUGCUGCUCGAACUUAACCGCGUGUCCCAACUUCUGCGCUCCGUGCACGUGCCUCUGGAGCAUCAGAACGCGCUCCAAAAGUCUGCAGCGUUUCUGCGUAGCUGCGAAGCAGUGCGGAAUGGCGACCUGGACGAAAUGCCCAAGGUGAAGCCAGCACUGCUAGAGGCAGGCAUCGUUUGGCCUCUGCUGUCCAAGUACCCGGACGUUCUUCACACGUGGCUGUACACUUCCUUAACGCUUCAGUGGAGCACUGUUCUGCACGUGUCCAUCGAGCGGUACCCGAACAUCACCGUGAUCUUCCUGGAACCGGUCCGAGAGUUCCAUCGUAUCGCCGAAAAGCACGAGCAGUGGGCCAGUGACGUGGAACAAGCCGAGCGCUACUUCGAGACCCUCAGGAGGGAGUUUCACAACGUUACCGAAUCAUCGACGAAUGAGACCGAAGGCACCGUCAGCUUUGACACCACCCACAAAAUGGACAUAAUGUACCUGCCUCCGCUACAACACAACACGGGCUUCCUUUCGAAUUACACCGUGCUCAACCCAGCGUGGAUAUUCGGAACCGUGCCGGCCCUUACCCACGAGCGAUGGCUGGCUGAGUUGGACCGCAAUGGUGCCGGCAUCUCGGGCGACGUCGACUUUGUGUCGACCAAGCCGGGUUUCGUGAGGGUGUUUCUAGAGCUGUGGAAAUAUCGCGGUGACCACGAGAUGCACCUGUUCCUCUCCUGGUGCACCGUCCAGACCGUUGCACUCUACACGAACCGACGCCUGCUGGUAAACUUCUACGGCCGUGAAAGCAGCGCAAACAAGUACCACGCUGCAUUGUGUCUCAGCAAAGCGCACCUAUUGUGCGGCGGUGACUUGUUCGACAAGUACUUCCAAGACGUAAUCUCGGAGCAGGUGAUGCGUGUUGCGCAGCGGGUGGUGGCCGACACCCGCCAGGCAUUCGCGAGUCGCCUGGAGCGCUGGCCGUACAAGGAUGACAACAUAAGCGUUGUUGAGGACUGGCAGUCAACCGACCUUAGCCUCGGCUACUUCCACCCUAGCACACAGGAAGAACAGCAUCAGGCCGCAUUGAAACACCGCAGCGUCAACGCUACGCUGCUCAAGCGGCCGCCCAGCAAAUCAACAUUUCUGUAA